ACUUGGUGACGACAACUACGACUUCAUAGUCGAGUAUUCAACAAAGGAGGACGAAGCAAACCAGCAAAUCAUGAUGAUAAAGAUGGAUUUUCCUCCACCAAAAGACUUUGUCAAGGACAAUAUUGUGCAUACACCAAAGAUCGUUCCAAACAACAUCAACUCUUCUGGAUCCGACGAAUUAAGCCAAGCAGAGAAGGUUCUCAACUGGCAAACAGAAAAUGCAUUUGUUCAGAAUCAAUUAUUGUCAACCAUUAGCCACAAGGUUGAUCAAAUGUCGGAAAACAACAAUAGAAGAUUUAACAGUCUGCAAGGAGCCAUAUCGGAGAUUCAACAGAAACUCAACAACUUGCACCAUGAAAUGAUGGCUAUGGCAAAACAAAUGAAAGUUGAUACGUCACAGUUCAGAAAUCCAAGACCGAAACAGCCUGUACCUGGAUUCUUAUCCUCAGAUGAAGCCUUUACAUCUCGGUUUGGUACAACUUCAAUCAGCAAUUUUAAAACAAAAGCGGCAAGAACUAAACCAAGGCAUCAAAAGGAUUCUGAAUUUCAAAUUAAUCCAUCCAAGAAGCCAAGUUUUGCAUCUUCAUCAAGCCAUGAGUCCGUUCAAGAUGAAAAUAAAGAGGAUGUUGCAAAGAAGGAAGAUAUUGCGAUGAUCGAGUUUUCAAUGUCUAGUUUACUAGAAAAUCUUGUGAAGACAUCUGAAGACGAAAGACAAGAAUUGCAAAUUCAAUUAAAAGAGCAGCAGCCGCUACCAAUCGUUACAAUGACUCACAUUUCAGCUCUUUCGGAUUCAACCUCUUCCGUCAAUGAAUCAGAAACAAUUACAGCUUUGUUUGGACAGUCUUUUGCAAAACAGCUCUUUCGGAUUCAAACUAUUCCAACAGAAGAACCAAUCUAUGAAGUAAUUUCAAGUGACAAAGAGAUGGGCUAUGAAACUCAAGGUGUACCAAAGAAGCAGUUUUCAUCAAAGAUAAUGGUGUUCACAUUUGAUGACAUUCCUUUUGAAAAAUGGAAUAGUCGUCUUGACGAAUUCCAUGCGUGGAUGACCUCCGAAGCAAUCACGUCCCCAACAGAUAUGGUGAUACAACAAUUCACAUCGAGACUUUCAGGCGCAUUAAAAGAAUGGUGGAAUUCGCUUGGAGAAUAUCGGCAGCAGCAGGUGUAUCAGACAACGAUACCUCUACUUCUUGGAGAAAUACAUAGAGAAUUCGUUGGCACCCCAAGUCAUUUAAAAGAACAACUACAAGAAGAGUUCUACACAGCAAAGUGUUGUUCAUUAAAGAAGAGAGAUUUAGCAAAGCAUUCGAGCGACAAACUCGAAGUUAUUCAGAUUAUGAUGAAUCUUCAGAAUCCUCAUCCGAAGAUGAAAAAGGCGAUUGUUGUUUCAAGAUUGCCUAGAUACCUCAAGAAGAUGAACUGCAGACACCGCAUCUACCAGAAAGCGAAAAGUCACGCUUCCCAGUUUCAAAACUCAAAGGCUCAUAUCAUUCAUCAUCCAUCACAGAGUCUCAGAUUCUCAAAAUCGAUUCAAUAUAAUUUUCACAGAGCCACAUUCAACAAAAACCAGAAAGUUGUAAUGACGUUUAAUGGAGCUGAAGCAUCUAAAUCUCGAAGAAAGCCAUCCAUUGAGAUUGAAGAUGAUGAUGAUGUUGAUAGAGAAAAGUCACCACCACAAAAGAAGAGAAGUAAGUCUCAUGAAAGGGAAAGAUCUAAACCUAGUAGAAAACCAUCCAUUGAGAUUGACGAUGAUGAUGUCGACAAAGAAACGUCACCACCACAGAAGAAGAGAAGGCAGUCUCAUGGAGUUGAAGGAUCUAAGCCUUGUAAAAGGCCAUCCGUUGAGAUUGACGAUGAUGAUGUCGACAAAGAAACGUCACCACCACAGAAGAAGAGAAGGCAGUCUCGUGAUGAUAAUGAUGAAGAUGGUGAUGAUGAGGGUGAUGAUGAUGAGACUGUUGUUGCUUGUGGAAAGUCUUCUCUGCAAAUGUAUCUUGAUGAACUGGCAUUAGAUAUGAGGAACUUUGAGAGUUUAGAUAUUCUAAAGUUUUGGAAAGAUAACGCUCAGCGCUACGGAGAAUUGGCUUCCAUGGCUUGUGACCUCCUUAGUAUACCAAUCACAACAGUAGCCUCUGAAUCGUCUUUUAGCAUUGGAGCUAGAGUUUUGAACAAGUAUAGAAGUUGUCUCCUACCAAAAACUGUUCAAGCAUUAAUAUGCAGCCGCAAUUGGUUAAAAGGUUUCGAAGCAUAUGAAAACGUGGUGGUCGUAGACUCUAAUGGUGAAGAUGAGACGUUACCUUCUUUUCAAUCAAUUGUUGAUGAUGAAACAUUUGAUGAUGAAGAUGAUGAAGCAGCUUAAGUUUCAGUUUGAUUUGAUUUUCAGGUU